UAAACUUCCGGUGUGGCCUCUCUGCCCCACCACCCCACCUUGGUGUUGCUGAAUCAGGACUGUAGCUGGCAGCUGGAUGCUUUCCAGGCCUGGAGAAGGAAGGGAGGAGCUGGUGGUGCAGAUCGAGCAGUCAUCAACAUCUGAUUAGUCAGCUGCUUCUGCCAAAGCGAGGCUCUGAAUGCCUUUUUUCUUCACGGAGUGUUUGUGUGACAAAGCAGGAGACUACACCAACCAAUGUGUCUUUAAAUCCAGCGUUGUGUUGAAUUACUGAGCAUCCUAAAGUCUGAAGUUCUCUUUUAAAUAAAGUCUGCUGAGUCAUUCGCUCCCAUCUCCCCUGCUGCCUCCCACCAUGCCGCUGUAGCUCUGCCCCUCGCCUCCCUCCCUUCCUGCCUCUGUCAGCUCGCUCAGGAAACGAGGCGAGACACAGUAAGCAGCAGUAACGGUGGCAGCAGUGGCGGCUGUCUUCCCACUGACUCGGAGACGUGCUGUGUCUACCAGAGGGGAGUACUUCUAUCAACAAGCCAAUAGCUCCGACAGGAAUUUUUCAUUACACAGUUGUUAGGCAAGGAAGCAGGGAGGUGGGGGAAAGCUGAUGUCAUUAGCAAGGGUGUGCGAGUGCAUCAGCAGCCAUGUCACAUGCUGCUAGGUGGGUCAGUGAUGCGGACAGAGAUGCAUGGCAGUUUCACCGAGCACAGAGGCAGCAGGUUAGCUCCCCCGUCAGCCAGGGUAGAGGGAGAUGUGGUGAUGAGGGAAGUUGUUUUAUCUCUUCACGUAAACGGGUUUGUGUGACGAAACUCUUCAUGCCCUGUUCUGAGUAACGCAGACUGAAACAACAGUUAUUGGCUGUCUUAACACUUCCUCUCCCAUCUCUUUUUCUACAUCUCUGAACUGGAUCUUGAACUGAAGAGUCGGAGCUGGCCGCGGUGGGCAGCAGGAGGAUGCUCUUCCCCAACCGUGCUGGCAUGCCCGGCUCCCACGAGAUGCCACCAUCCAGGGGCCCACCGGGUGUCACAGACCUGGGCCUGGGCCUCCAGUCUCUUCGGCUGUCUGGCUGGGACAGACCCUGGAGCAGCCAGGAGUCAGACGCACUCACCUCCCCUUCCCAGGCUCAGACUAGCUCACCUUCCAUGCUAGGUAUACUGAACAGUCCCUUCAGUAGCAUCCUUGGGAAGCCCCCUGGCUACCUACCCCCUGAGUCCAUGAGCAUGACGGCUGACUUCUUGGAGAAGUUCCCUAGCAUGGCUCGCAUGGCAAACCGUCUGGACUCGGGCUCCUUUUUGGACUCUCGAUCCAGCAGUCCUGAAGACUCUGAGACCAGUGGCUUUAGUUCUGGCUCUGACCACCUGUGUGACAUGCUGUCAACUUUGCGGAUUUCCCCUCCCCUGCCUUAUCUCACAUCAAACAUUCAGAAGGAUCUACUGCGAUUGGGCUCCCGCCUGGACCCCCAGGACUCCAGCUCUCCUCUGACGCCACCAUCCAGUGCCAGCCCUGCCUCGUCAGUCAUUUCCCGCCGCUGGCGUAGCGGUUCUCCAUGGCCUGGUACUGACAUGCUAGACCACUCAGAUGAUGUGUUCAGUAUUGAGAGGGAGGCCCGUCUGCACAGACAAGCUGCAGCUGUGAAUGAGGCUACAUUUACCUGGAGUGGUCAGUUGCCUCCCAGAAACAACAAGGAUCCCCUGUACUCCUGCAAGGUCUUUCUUGGUGGCGUGCCAUGGGACAUCACAGAAGCUGGGCUGAUCAACACCUUCAGUGGCUACGGCCCUCUGACUGUGGAGUGGCCGGGUAAGGAUGGAAAGCAUCCCCGCUGUCCUCCCAAAGGUAAUGUGGCCAAAGGCUAUGUUUACCUGGUGUUUGAGAAUGAAAAGUCUGUGAGGGCAUUGCUCCAUGCCUGCUCCCAGGACCCAUUUCACCCCGAGGACAACCGAGAGUACUACUUCAAGAUGUCCAGCCGCAGAAUGCGAUGCAAGGAUGUGCAGGUGAUCCCCUGGGUAAUCUCAGACAGUAACUAUGUGCGCUGUCCUGCCCAGCGUCUGGACCCCAGUAAGACUGUGUUUGUUGGUGCACUGCAUGGAAUGCUGAAUGCUGAGGCACUGGCCAGCAUCAUGAACGAUCUGUUUGGAGGAGUCAUGUACGCUGGCAUUGACACGGACAAGCACAAGUACCCAAUAGGCUCUGGACGUGUCACUUUUAACAAUCAGCGCAGUUACCUGAAGGCUGUGUGUGCAGCUUUUGUGGAGAUCAAAACCCCCAAGUUUACAAAGAAGGUCCAGAUUGACCCCUACCUGGAAGACUCCAUGUGUCAAGUUUGCCUUCGCCAACCUGGGCCUUUCUUCUGCAGAGACCAGGCCUGCUUCAAGUACUACUGCCGCUCUUGCUGGCACUGGCAGCACUCCAUGGACAUCCUGAGCAACCACCGGCCCCUCAUGCGCAACCAGAAGAACAGGGACUCCAGCUAGAGCGGAUGGAUCCAAACACUCUGAAGGGCCAGAGGAAGAGCCCCUCUCUACGGGGUGAGGCUGCCCGCCAAGGAGAGCACGUGUGCCAGACCUCCCUCAGUACGAGGGCACCAUGGCACUCCACCAGGCACAGGGAUAUCACUGUAGAAAAUGUUCACUUUUGCACUUGCUACAUUUUUGCUGUUCACAGUGGCACUAUGCACAGUGACCUUGUUGGGAGAGACAAGGGGCCCUUCACACUUAUGCAUUUUCCCAGACUUGUGGCCAGACAGAGAGAUGGGAGUCAGCCUAAAGUUAAGAAGUGGACGAAAAUGCCAUUUCUUUUUUUUUUCUUUUUUGUUUACAUGUGUUGCAUAGUGAAGAGCAAUCACGCAAGUCUCAUUGCCGUUCAUUGGCAAAUGCCAUACAGUGCCUUUAAAUUUUUAUUUUUUCCCCCCUCCCUCCCCUACCCCCAGUUGGCAUCAGUUUUUCCUGUGCAAGCCAACUGGUGUUUCUUACUUUUGGGAGUUGAAUGUUGGGCUUCAUUUAACCAGUCGCAUUUCAGACAUUUUUACGCAGUUUUUUACUAAUUUCUACACAAACGGUUUUAAGUCAUAACAUGAAAAUUUUGAACCGAAUUCUACCAGGCGGCUGUUUAUGGGAGAACCCCCUUUUAUUUUUUUUCUCAUACAUGUUUUCUGUGGCUUUUUUCUUUUUAAUUUGCCCUCCCAAAUUUCAACUGAAUGGGCACGAAAUGUUGGAAAUACUACUAACUUGCUUUGUUUGUCCAGUUAUAUUAAAUGUAUGUAACAGUAAUACUGGAUAUGCUUCAACUGGCGAUCUAUCAUUUCUCAAGCAACUGAUGGACCCUGUUGAGUAGAGUGAAUGAACAUUUGAUCGUACAUAGUUUGGUUUUUUGCACUUUUUAAUUUGCACGUUUGGAGAGGUGGCAGUGGUUUUUAAUCACUUUUUGUACAUCAGCAGGGGGACAUGCCUAUGAUUAGAACAGCUGCUUGUUUCCUGUUGAAUGUAAGAACUUCCACUUAGCUGAUGAUAAAUUGAAUCUAUCCAGAGCUUGAGUAGACCCCAGUAAAUGACUACACGCUUUCUUAUCCCAUUUUCUUCCCGUUCCAGUUGGACAUCAAUGCAUAAGCUGUGUGCCAAAGACAAAGUGUCUUUUCUUUAUCCAUUAGGUUUGUCAUGCUGAGCUUGUUGUCCCUUAGCCCAGCUGCUUUUUAGAGUUUUGAAAGUCUACCUCAUUGUGGUCUGCCAAGUUUGCUGCUACUUACACUUGUGGAGUAUGUUCAGAUUGGGCACAAUAAAGGUGUUUAAGCAUUAA